AUGAAGGCCGCGACAAAGAAGGCUCUCCCCAAGGCCAAAUGGAUGUGGCACGGAGAUGACGGCUGGCAUGCAUAUGACGAAAAGCUCAGCGAUAAAAUCGAGAAGGCCUUUCAAGACGAAAAAGACGAGUAUAAGGUCGACGAUGAACGCUUCGUGGACCUCAAAAAGUUCCUCCAGAGGCGCUACGACGAUCGGAAGAAACGGCGUGGAGUCAAGCGCAUCCCGCCUCCCUUCUUCGAGGACCAGGUCGUCAUGUGCCUUCUUCCAGCCAAGGCCAAGAAGACGGUUGAAGACAAAGUGAAGGAGUACGGCGGCCUUGUCGCCGCCGCUCUCAACAAGCAGUGCACGAUGCUUGUCCUCAGCGAGAAGGACGCCAGUGGCAAGUACGCCACGCAGGUGGCCAAGGCGAGGAAGCUCAAGGUCGCGCGGGUGAAACCCGAUUACUUCGACAAGUGCGAAGAGGAGGAGAAGCUCGUCGACCGCUCUGCCUACCUCAUCAAGACCGAGGAAGAUGAAGAGGAGGAGGAAGAAGAGGAGGAGGAGGAAGUGAAGCCGCCCAAGGCCAAGGCCAAGGCAGCGGACGACUCGGACACCAUGCAGGUCGAUCCCAAGAGCAAGAAGAGGAAGGCCGACAGCCUCGGCGACGAGGAGGAUGACGCAACCACUGCGACCGCCGCCACUUCGAGCACGACUACCGCUUCGGCCGCAACCAAGAAAGCCAAGACGGAGUUGACCACGUGGUGA